GAUUGGGUGGGUGAUCCUGCUCAAGGUGAAGGUGGUCGUUUGCGUGAUGGCGGUGGCUCGUUUCGUGUUGGUGACUAGCGGACGGCUUCAGCGAGGGGACAUUGUGCCCCGGCUGCUGGUGAGGAGUCAGAGGCGGGUUAUUUCAGAGCUUGCAAAAUGUAAACAUCGAGGAUAUUCCUCUGGACCCACGUUGAAUGAAGUGGUCAUUGCAAGUGCAGCCAGAACCCCUGUUGGUUCAUUUAAAGGAUGUCUUUCCUCAUUAACAGCCACACAGCUUGGUUCAAUUUCAAUAAGAGCUGCCAUCGAAAGAGCAGGGAUUCCUCCAGAGGAAGUGAAAGAAGUGUACAUGGGCAAUGUUUUACAAGCUGGGGAAGGGCAAGCUCCUGCUCGACAAUCUGCCCUUGGUGCAGGCUUGCCAGUCUCUACACCUGCAACAACUGUCAACAAAGUUUGUGCCUCUGGAAUGAAAUCAAUCAUGCUGGCAGCACAAAGUCUUAUGUGUGGACAUCAGGAGGUAAUGAUUGCUGGUGGGAUGGAGAGCAUGUCCAAUGUUCCAUAUGUGAUGGGCAGGGAAGCACCAGCUUAUGGAGGUGUAAAGUUGGAAGACCUGAUUGUAAAAGAUGGGUUAACAGAUGUCUACAAUAAAAUUCACAUGGGUAACUGUGCUGAGAAUACUGCUAAGAAGUUUAACAUUUCACGUGAAGAACAAGACUCUUAUGCAGUUAGUUCCUACACUAAGAGCAAAGCAGCUUGGGAUUCAAAGCUGAUGGCAAAAGAAGUGGUUUCUGUCAGCGUUCCACAAAGAGGUAAACCAGAUCUAGUAAUUACUGAGGAUGAAGAGUACAAACGUGUAGACUUCAGUAAAGUUCCAAAAGUCAAACCAGUCUUCCAGAAAGAAAAUGGUACAAUUACAGCUGCCAACGCAAGUACCUUAAAUGAUGGAGCAGCUGCUUUGGUACUAAUGACUGCAGAGGCAGCUAAAAGAUUAAACGUUACACCAAUGGCCAGGAUUCUAGCUUUUGGAGAUGCUGCAGUGGAUCCAAUUGAUUUUCCAAUUGCUCCUGCUUUUGCUAUACCAGAGCUCCUUAAAACAACUGGCAUGAAAAAAGAAGAUAUUACAAUGUGGGAGAUUAAUGAAGCAUUUAGCGUUGUUGUUCUGGCUAACAUUAAAAUGUUGGAGGUUGACCCUCAAAAAGUUAACAUCAACGGUGGAGCAGUGUCUCUGGGUCAUCCCAUUGGAAUGUCUGGGACAAGAAUUGUUUGUCAUAUGGCUUACAAUCUAAAGCCUGGAGAAUAUGGAGUGGCUGGAAUCUGUAAUGGAGGUGGUGGUGCUUCUUCAAUACUAAUUCAGCGUUUGUAAAAUAAUCAGAUUCUGUAUAACUCAAGGGUUAAGCUGCUAAAUCUUACUGAACAACAGUGUGUGUAACAACUUUCUGUAAUCACUUGAAUGAAUACUAGUAGAUUCUUUUGUCACAAUCAGUUUCUGGUAGCAGGUAUUACAUCUGCAGUACUUUAAAUUGGUAAAGGGUGAAACAUGCCUUUUGUGAACUUUAACUUUGUACUUCAACUGUAUUCUGCUAAGUACAAUGUUUGUUUUGUUUAAAAAUUAACUGUCCAAAUUUGAAAUCACUGGCCCCCUGACCAAAGUGAACUAUACAAGACUUAUAUUUUAAAUUGUUAGCUGCAUAUGAAGAGUGGAUUUUUCAAUGGAUUUGUACUUGUUAAAUACAUGCUCAUCCUGAAGAAAAGCAGUGGGCCUAAUUGUAAAGUUUGCCUUGAAUAGUAACAGAUAAGAGGUAUACCAAUAAUACUGUCAUCUAUUGUGGAAUCCAUGUUUACUGCAAAUAAAGUAUUUGCAAAAA